GUACGAGUUAAUAUAAGUAAGUUAUACACUUCUAGCUUCUAUAUUGUAAUGAUAUGCGUUUAAGCCAUCAUAUAUUUUAAAUGUUAAGUAUUUAAGAAAAUAAUCAUAAUAAUUAUUAGCAAUUAAGAUUAAGCACACACACAUACACACACACACACAUUAAGAUAUCAUAUUAUAAGAAUUCCAGUCUGCCGUUCAGGCGGGCAUUCGCGUUAUUAUUGUCUUCUUGUACAGACGGCCAAAGGCGAGUUUAAAAGACUACGCAGAUCGUCUGGACAGGAAGAUAUAGUUAAAUAGUUAUAAAUGUUUGUAAUAAUAAUUAAAAAUAUAUAUAUUAUUGUGUAUCAAAAAAUUAAAUACAAUUAACAAGUAUAGUGAUUCAAAGAAAAAGAUUUUUUACUCUAAAAUAUAAAUCGAUCACCUAAUUCCAUAUCUCAGACGAAAGCCACGAUUUCAACAAACAAGUCUACACGGGAAUCAGAGAGGUAAUAUAAGUUAUGGUUAUUUAAUAAAUAAUAAAUUUAGAAAUAUACAAUCUCCCCCAAUUAAUUAAGUAAACCUCUUUUUCAAAUCACUACAAUAUUCAGGAAUCUAGUCAUUUUAAUACCUUGCCACCUAGGUCUAUAGGUAGUGUAUAGACUCUAUGAUAACAAAAACUGAUAAACACUAAACAGAUACAACAAUAAUUAGUAGUAUUUUCAUAAAAAAAAAGAGAUGGAUGACACUGUAAUGGAAAAUUCAACAUGUGAAUCAAAUGAUCAGAAGGAGAUUAUGACAUUUAAAAGGUGUGAACAAAAAACAUAUAAAAAUAGCUCACACAUGGUUGGAGUAUUUGAAGUCCUUCAAUCUUUACGCAAAGAUAAAGUUUUAUGUGAUAUCAGAAUAAAAACGGAUGAUGGUACAAUAAUAUUUGGACAUAAAGUUGUUUUGAUAUCAGUUAGUACUUAUUUCCGUGAGAUUUUCAUUGAUUUUAAUGAAAGCAAUAUAGAUCAUAUUAAUAUAAGAGAAUUAGAUUCAACUAUUUUACAACUCUUGAUAAAUUAUAUUUAUACUGGCGAAAUCAUAAUCACUAAAGGCAAUGUAAAGGUCUUGUUAGCAGCUGCAAAUCUUUUACAGAUAGACUAUGUAAAAAAUGUUUGUUCUGAAUUCUUACAAACACAACUAGAUGCUUCAAAUUGUCUUAGUAUCAAAGCAUUUGCUGACUUGUAUGACUGUAUGGAAUUGUCGACUAGUUCUCAAACAUAUAUUAAAAAUCGAUUUUUAGAAGUGGUUAACUAUGAUGAGUUUCUAUCUUUAACUUCUGUAGAAGUAAUUAAACUAAUUUCCUGUAAUGACAUUAUUGUUCCACUAGAAGAAAAAGUAUUUGAAUGUGUAAUUCAUUGGUUAAAACAUGAAUUGGAUAGUAGAAAAGAUUUUUUGCCCGAACUAAUGGAACAUGUUCGUUUGCCAUUGAUCUCAAAACAGUAUUUAUUAGAAAAAGUAGUUGAUGAACCUCUUCUUAAAAGUAGUCCUAAAUGUAAAGAUUAUAUAAACGAAGCAUUGCAAUUUCAUUUAUUAAAGUAUCUACAACCCUUCACAGUCUCACAAACGAUUCGGAGUACACCUAGACAGUCUAUUGGUUUUCAAAAAGUUAUUCUAAUGUUAUGGUACUUUAAAUCAAGAAACUCUAGUGUAACUUACUGGUAUGACAACAUUUGGCAGCCUGCCCCAACAAUGAGCAAAUGGUUUGAAUAUGGUCGCUUAACUGUAAUCAAUGAUCAAUUUGUAUUAGCUAUGGGUAGUGUUCGUCUUGGGUCAAGUUGUCAACGUGUUAAAAUGCUUGAUAUUUCUUCACAAUCACCCAGUUGGAUACCUAUGAUGGACAUGUUAGUUAAUCGCAAAAAUUUUGGAGUAGGUUCAUUAGAUAAUUGUGUAUAUGCCAUUGGUGGUUGUGAUGGAGAUACUAAUAUUAAAUUAAAUAGCGCAGAGGUUUUUGACACUAAUACCAAUAAAUGGAAAAUGGUUACAAGUUAUAUGUCUACUAAGAGGUCUGGUCAUGAUGUUGGAGUACUCAACAACCUCUUGUAUGUUGUAGGAGGUCAUGAUGGUAAUGUAUUUUUAAACACUGUCGAAUGUUAUGAUCCCUGCCUUGAUAUAUGGACACCAGUAGCAGCAAUGUCUGAAUGUCGCUGUAACUGUGGUGUAGCAGUUUUAAACGGUGUUUUAUAUGUUAUUGGUGGUUAUAAUCAAUCAAAAUGUCUCAAAAGUGUUGAAGCCUAUACACCGAGUUCUGGAGUUUGGACUACUAUUGCUGACAUGCAUUUCUGCAGACGGAGUUUUGGAGUAGUCAUAUUAAAUGGUUUAUUACAUGUUAUUGGAGAAUGUUUCGAUAAAAAUGUUGUGAAUUCUAUUGAGAUUUACAAUCCCAAAACCAAUACCUGGUCAUUAAAAGCAUUGUCAAAAAAUGUUGGUUACAUUUAUGGCGGAGUUGUUGUUAAUAGACCUUCACAUUUUAAAACUUAUGAUGAUUAAUUGUGUACUUACCUAUUAUAUUAUGUUUGUAUUCAUGUAUAGUUUUUGACAGUGAAUAAUUUAAUAUUUUAUACAUUUUAGAUUUUCUGUUUGUUUAAUUUUUGAUCAAAAUGUUUCCAUGAAGUUCAAAAUAUAUUCUAUUGUAAAGUCAAAUUAACAAGGAUAAUAAUUUAUUAAAUUUGUUUAGACUAUCUGAAUAUUAACUUUAUAUUGUAUAUGUGGCAACUGAUAAAUGUUGCAGGAUUUCUGUUGUUUGAUAAAUUUUAUUAUACAUAUAUAUUUUUUUGUAGUUUAUUUUAUUUAGUUGAGCUAUAGUAAUAUAUGUAGUUUGUAUAU